GAUCUGUGCCCGGUUCGCUCCUCGGGCGCGGAGCCGCCCCGGGCAGCGCAGGCGCCGCCGGUGCCGAGCAGCGCCCGCCCCUUCCCUUUCCCCUCCCGCUGCCCCGGAAUUCCGCCAGCGGAGCCGCCGCAGCCAUGAUCGGGGACCUGCUGCUCUGCGGGACGCUGCUGGUGAACGCCGGUGCUGUGCUCAACUUCAGGCUGAGGAGGAAGGACACGGAGGGAUUCGGAGAGGAGCCGAGGGAACCCACGACCGGUGACAAUAUCAGAGAGUUCUUGCUGAGUCUCAGGUAUUUUCGAAUCUUCAUUGCCCUGUGGAAUAUCUUCAUGAUGUUCUGCAUGAUUGUGUUAUUUGGAUCUUGAAAGUCACACACAAACAUGUCUGUUACCUUGGAAGAGACUUUUGGCUGGGAACAAACUUUUCUUAAAGAUUCCAAUGCUUUCAAACUGCAGCCCUGGGCUCGUGGCUUGUCCCCUCCAGCCCAUCGUGUGCUGGUCACUCACUGCCGGGGCUUUGAGCCACAACAUUCACAGUCAAAUUAUCUCAAACUUCACUGAAAUAGAGAGAACUUCUGUUUUUCUAAGCUCAGAGUGAGGUGCAGGGGAGAACUGGAGUGUGACUGCAGUUCCCAGUCUUAAACCUCUGCGUUUCCAGACCCAUCCUGGGCUGUGUCAGCUCAUGUCACCCCUGUCCAGGUUACGUGCAAGUCACACUCCUUGGGGCUCAGUUUUAUAUAAAGCUGAGCAAAGUGUUCUUGUAACCUCUCACUAUUCCAUUAGUUUUGUUGGAGAAAAGGAAUAUUAAAAUAAAAAAAGGAGAGAGAUUCUCACCUUCCUGCUGUUUUUCAAAAAAAAACCCCAAAACUUUUAAAAAUAAUAUAAUUUUGUUUUCUAAGCAAUACAUAAGGGAUUUUGAAGGGGGAGAAUGGCAAAAAUAAUUCUCUAAGCCCAGUUUAAGGGAUAGUUUUGAAAUAAUCUUGGAUUUGGUUGAAUAAAGCUGUUCUAUUUAAGAGUAAAAUGUA